UGCCUUGCCUGUCCUGCUGCCUUUUCCCGGCCCAACGCAGAAAUAACCGAGGGCASUCGGCUGCAGAGGACGGGAGAGUUUUCCUUUAGGACAGCUCUUUCGGCUUCCUCGCCAGAGAUGAGUUGCUGACUCAGUUUAUUAUCUGGAGUCUUUAAAGCCUGCUUUAUCACAACUCUAAACUGAUACUUGCUGCCAGUGUUUCUAUUAUCCGUAGACUCCAAAGCCAGUAAAGUUGCUGUCUAAGCUUUCUCACGGAUCCUCUUGGUAGCACUAUUGCUUGGGAGAACGGAGUUCAGGUUCCUGUAACUUUCUGUUUUUCUUUUCAAUGAAGUACUGGCCAGACUGGCAAGAAGACGACAACCUGUGUAAGCCCAGGCCUCCCUCACUGUGGAGGACAUGGCUUCGGGCAUUGGAUCUCCGUCACCGUGCUCGGGGGGGAGUGAUGAUGAUGACAUGGAGAUCCUGUUGAACAACGCUAUCCCCCAGCAUCCAGAACCUGAAGAAGAGCCGGAAGAAGAGCUUCUGUCAGAAGCUGACACUCCCAAAAUCAAGAAGAAAAAGAAGCCCAAGAAACUGAAGGAGCCCAAAGUGCCCAAGCUCAGCAAGCGUCAGAAGAAGGAGCUGGGGGAUAGCUCUGGUGAGGGGAAUGAGUUUGUGGAGGAAGAAGAGGAGGUUCUACGCUCUGACAGCGAGGGCAGCGAUUAUACACCUGGGAAGAAGAAAAAGAAGAAGUUAGGACCCAAGAAGGAAAAGAAAAACAAAGCCAAGCGCAAGGAGGAGGAGGAAGAAGAGGAAGARGAUGAUGACUCAAAGGAGCCAAAGUCAUCUGCUCAGCUUCUGGAAGAUUGGGGCAUGGAGGAUAUUGAUCACAUCUUCACAGAGGAGGAUUACCGCACACUCACCAACUACAAAGCUUUCAGCCAGUUUGUCAGGCCACUUAUCGCAGCCAAGAACCCUAAAAUAGCAGUGUCGAAGAUGAUGAUGGUCCUGGGAGCCAAGUGGAGGGAGUUUAGCACAAACAAUCCCUUCAAGGGAAGUUCAGGUGCAUCUGUGGCAGCUGCUGCAGCUGCAGCUGUUGCAGUAGUGGAGAGUAUGGUGACAAAUGUGGAUGCUGUCCUGCCGCAGCCCCCUGUAGAUGUGCCAGUCAGGAAAGCCAAGACAAAGGAGGGCAAAGGACCGAAUGCUCGGCGGAAGCCAAAGGCCAGUCCUCGUAUUCCUGAUAUCAAGAAACCUAAAACAAAGAAGGUGGCACCGUUGAAAAUCAAACUGGGAGGAUUUGGUUCCAAGCGUAAAAGAUCAUCAAGUGAAGAUGAUGAUCUGGAUGUGGAGUCAGACUUUGAUGAUGCCAGCAUCAACAGCUACUCUGUUUCAGAUGGAUCUACAAGCCGUAGUAGCCGAAGUCGCAAAAAACUCAAGGCUGGGAAGAAGAAAAAGAAAGGUGAGGAGGACUCCACAGUGGCUGUGGAUGGCUAUGAAACUGAUCAUCAGGACUACUGUGAGGUGUGCCAGCAGGGAGGAGAAAUUAUACUGUGUGAUACCUGCCCUCGUGCCUACCACAUGGUUUGCCUGGACCCAGAUAUGGAGAAAGCUCCAGAGGGCAAAUGGAGCUGCCCACACUGUGAAAAAGAGGGCAUUCAGUGGGAAGCAAAGGAGGAUAACUCUGAAGGUGAGGAAAUCCUGGAAGAUGUAGUGGGGGAUGCUGAGGAAGAGGAUGACCACCAUAUGGAGUUCUGUAGAGUCUGCAAGGAUGGAGGAGAGCUGCUGUGCUGUGAUGCCUGUCCUUCAUCCUAUCACAUCCACUGUUUGAAUCCCCCACUGCCUGAGAUUCCCAAUGGAGAGUGGCUCUGUCCUCGCUGCACUUGCCCAGCUUUGAAAGGAAAGGUGCAGAAGAUCUUGAUCUGGAAAUGGGGUCAGCCCCCAGUUGGCCCCGCACCACCACGUCCACCUGAUGCAGACCCUAAUGCUCCACCCCCAAAGCCUCUGGAAGGCCGGCCUGAAAGGCAGUUCUUUGUCAAAUGGCAGGGCAUGUCCUACUGGCAUUGCUCCUGGGUGUCAGAGCUGCAGCUGGAGUUGCACUGCCAGGUCAUGUUUCGUAACUACCAACGCAAAAAUGAUAUGGAUGAGCCACCGUCGGGAGACUUCGGAGGGGAAGAAGAGAAAAGCCGAAAGAGAAAAAACAAGGACCCCAAAUAUGCUGAGAUGGAGGAGCGCUUCUAUCGAUAUGGGAUCAAGCCAGAGUGGAUGAUGAUCCACAGGAUCCUUAAUCAUAGUGUUGAUAAGAAGGGGAAUGUCCACUAUUUGAUUAAGUGGAGAGACCUACCCUAUGACCAGGCAUCCUGGGAAAGUGAAGAUGUGGAUAUUCAAGAUUAUGACCUCUACAAGCAAGCCUACUGGAAUCACAGGGAGCUGAUGAGAGGUGAAGAGGGCAGACCUGGAAAGAAGUUAAAGAAAGUGAAGAUGCGGAAGCUGGAAAGGCCCCCUGAGACUCCGACAGUGGACCCAACAGUGAAAUAUGACCGGCAACCGGAGUACCUCGAUGUAACAGGGGGCACMUUGCAUCCCUACCAGCUGGAAGGACUGAACUGGCUGCGCUUCUCUUGGGCCCAGGGCACAGAUACAAUCUUAGCUGAUGAAAUGGGCCUGGGAAAGACUGUGCAGACAGCAGUGUUCCUGUAUUCUUUAUACAAGGAGGGCCACUCAAAGGGUCCCUUCUUGGUGAGUGCCCCACUGUCCACAAUCAUCAACUGGGAACGAGAAUUUGAGAUGUGGGCCCCAGAUAUGUAUGUAGUGACCUACGUUGGGGACAAAGACAGCCGGGCCAUCAUCCGUGAAAAUGAGUUCACUUUUGAGGAUAAUGCCAUACGUGGAGGCAAAAAAGCAUCCAGAAUGAAGAAAGAGGCUGCUGUCAAGUUCCAUGUACUCCUCACCUCCUAUGAACUGAUCACUAUUGAUAUGGCCAUACUAGGCUCUAUUGACUGGGCCUGUCUCAUUGUGGAUGAAGCUCACAGACUGAAGAACAAUCAGUCAAAGUUCUUCCGUGUGCUGAAUGGUUACUCCCUCCAGCAUAAGCUGUUGCUUACAGGAACUCCCCUGCAGAACAACCUGGAAGAACUGUUCCACCUGCUGAACUUCCUGACGCCCGAAAGAUUCCAUAACUUGGAGGGCUUCCUAGAAGAGUUUGCGGAUAUUGCCAAGGAAGAUCAGAUCAAGAAGCUGCACGACAUGCUGGGCCCGCAUAUGCUGAGGCGUCUCAAGGCUGAUGUUUUCAAGAAUAUGCCAUCUAAGACUGAGCUCAUUGUCAGAGUGGAACUGAGUCCCAUGCAGAAGAAAUAYUAUAAAUACAUUUUGACAAGAAACUUUGAGGCACUGAAUGCACGGGGUGGUGGUAACCAAGUCUCGUUGCUCAAUGUUGUUAUGGAUCUGAAGAAGUGCUGUAAUCACCCCUAUCUCUUUCCUGUGGCUGCUAUGGAAGCUCCAAAAAUGCCAAAUGGCAUGUAUGAUGGUAGUGCACUUAUUCGAGCCUCUGGAAAGCUGUUGCUGCUCCAGAAGAUGUUAAAGAACCUGAAGGAAGGAGGUCACAGGGUGCUCAUAUUCUCUCAGAUGACUAAAAUGUUGGACCUUCUGGAAGAUUUUUUGGAACAUGAAGGGUACAAAUAUGAGCGGAUUGAUGGAGGAAUCACAGGGAACAUGCGUCAGGAAGCUAUUGAUCGCUUCAAUGCUCCUGGAGCUCAGCAGUUCUGCUUUCUGCUUUCAACUCGAGCUGGAGGUCUUGGUAUUAACUUGGCCACAGCAGAUACUGUGAUUAUCUAUGAUUCAGACUGGAACCCCCACAAUGAUAUCCAGGCCUUCAGCCGUGCACACAGAAUUGGACAGAACAAGAAAGUGAUGAUAUACCGCUUUGUGACAAGGGCCUCAGUGGAGGAGCGUAUCACUCAGGUGGCCAAGAAGAAGAUGAUGCUAACUCAUCUGGUAGUGAGACCAGGGUUGGGCUCCAAGACAGGCUCCAUGUCCAAACAGGAACUUGAUGACAUUCUCAAAUUUGGCACUGAAGAGCUCUUCAAGGAUGAGGCUACUGAGGGGGGGGAUAACAAAGAAGGUGAGGACAGUAGUGUCAUCCACUAUGAUGACAAAGCAAUUGAGCGUCUGUUGGAUCGGAACCAGGAUGAAACAGAAGAUACAGAACUUCAGGGCAUGAAUGAAUAUCUCAGCUCCUUCAAGGUGGCCCAGUAUGUGGUUCGUGAGGAGGAGAUGGGGGAGGAAGAGGAGGUUGAACGGGAGAUCAUUAAGCAGGAGGAGUCGGUGGAUCCUGAUUACUGGGAGAAACUGCUGCGUCACCAUUAUGAACAACAACAGGAGGAUCUGGCCAGGAAUCUGGGCAAGGGCAAACGUAUUCGCAAGCAAGUUAACUACAACGAUGGCUCGCAGGAGGAUAGAGGCUCACGUGCUGUUUUUCUUUCAGACUGGCAGGAUGACCAGUCAGAUAAUCAGUCAGAUUAUUCAGUUGCCUCUGAAGAAGGAGAUGAGGACUUUGAUGAGAGAUCUGAAGCAGCUCGUCGGCCUAGCCGCAAGGGCCUGAGGAAUGAUAAGGACAAGCCUCUGCCUCCCUUACUGGCCCGUGUGGGAGGGAACAUUGAGGUGCUGGGUUUCAAUGCUCGCCAGCGGAAAGCCUUUCUCAACGCUAUCAUGCGCUAUGGAAUGCCACCUCAGGAUGCCUUCACCACUCAGUGGCUUGUUCGGGACCUCCGUGGCAAGUCUGAGAAAGAGUUCAAGGCUUAUGUCUCACUGUUCAUGCGUCAUUUAUGUGAACCUGGAGCUGAUGGUGCAGAGACCUUUGCAGAUGGGGUCCCACGGGAAGGUCUUUCUCGACAGCACGUCCUUACUCGCAUUGGGGUCAUGUCACUUAUACGUAAAAAGGUGCAGGAAUUCGAGCAUGUAAAUGGCCGCUGGAGUAUGCCAGAACUGGCAGAAAUAGAGGAGAACAAGAAACUUUCACAGCCUAGCUCACCCUCUCCCAAAACUCCAACUCCUUCAACACCUGGGGAUACACAGCCGAAUACACCUGCCCCUGUUCCUCCACCUGAAGAAGGCGUAAAAGUAGAAGAAGGAGCUAGUGCUAAGGAGCAAGGAGAGCCAUGUGAACCAGAGAAAGAGCUCAAUGCCUCUGCAGCUGAAGCAGAGGUCCCCAUGGAGCAGUGUGCUCAGCCUSUAGAGACACCACCCCAGGAAGCAAAAUCCCCGGUGAACUCCACAGAAGCAGAUGAAAAAAAAGAGGAAACGGAGGUGAAGGAAAGACCGGAUGAACCAAUGGAAGUAGAAAGCAAAGCUGAUGUGGAGAAAGUGGAAGACAGAGCAGCUAUUGAGAAUCCCUCUGAACCUCCUAUAAUUACUCUGGAUGAGAARGAUGAGAAAAAGGACGAUGAUAAGAGAGAUGUGGUGAUGCUGCAGAAUGGAGAGAUGCUGAAGGAGUCAGUAGAUGAAAGGCACAAGAAGGCAGUAAAGCAGCGCUUCAUGUUCAACAUAGCAGAUGGUGGUUUCACUGAACUGCACUCCCUGUGGCAGAAUGAAGAGCGGGCUGCAACCGUCACCAAGAAGACCUAUGAGAUUUGGCAUCGGCGUCACGACUACUGGCUCCUUGCUGGGAUUAUCAAUCAUGGCUAUGCCCGUUGGCAGGAUAUUCAGAAUGAUCCRCGUUACGCCAUCCUCAAUGAACCCUUCAAGGGUGAGAUGAACCGGGGUAACUUCCUGGAAAUAAAGAAUAAAUUCUUGGCAAGGAGAUUUAAGCUCCUGGAGCAAGCACUGGUGAUYGAGGAACAGUUGCGGCGAGCUGCCUAUCUGAACAUGUCCGAAGAUCCAUCUCACCCAUCCAUGGCUCUGAACACACGUUUUGCAGAGGUAGAAUGCCUGGCUGAGAGCCACCAGCACCUAUCCAAGGAGUCAAUGGCUGGGAAUAAACCAGCCAAUGCUGUGCUGCACAAAGUUCUGAAGCAGCUGGAGGAGCUUUUGAGUGACAUGAAGGCAGAUGUGACUCGUUUGCCUGCCACAAUUGCCCGUAUCCCACCUGUGGCAGUGCGCCUCCAGAUGUCAGAGCGCAACAUCCUCAGCCGCCUGGCCAACCGCAGCAGUGAGCCCCCGCCACCACCUCCUCCCCAACAAGUCCUCUUCUCUCGCCCUACAGGUGGCCCAGCAGCAGUGAGUCCCUGGCCCAGUGCUGUUGACCUUUCGGCCAAGCUGAAGUGACCCCCCCCACCCCACCCUUUCACACUACCCCUCUGCCUGACAUUCCUGACUGGGUGCUGUUUCCCUCCAUGGAAGCUGCUGCUCAGGUCUCUGGGAGGAGAAGAAACUCCUUCCUCUGCAGCCAGCCCGUUGGAGCAAGGAGUGUGUUUUGGAGAGAGGGGGAUGGAUGUAUGAUGGACUCUGUAUAUAGUGACUGGAGGCCCCAGCGCCAUGUCUGUUACAUGGAGAGCCUGGCUGUAUUGCUCGUUGCCUCCGCCUGGAAUUCCAGUUUUCGUUCUUAAUUUUAUUUUGAGUUUGUUUACUGAGACAAGUGCGCAGGCAAGACCAAGCAAAAGCCAGGACAGAGACAAAGCUACCUCCAUCAAAAUCCUUUUUAAUACAAAAACUGACCGGACUUGUCARCUAUAAGCAGCUUGAAGACAAAAGCAAACAACAGUAAAAAAACAACAAAAAACAGAGCAAAACGUUGAUAAAACUGAAAAAUAAAGUUUCCUUGUAUUUUA